AGAAGUACAGUAACCAAUAAGUCGUCGUCUUCUUCUUCUUCUUCUUCUUUUACUACUGCUAGUGCAAUGGCUAACCUUUUCAAAAAGCUAUCCCUUCUCUUGUUCAGUUUUAUGUCCAGUGCAAAUUUUGGUAUCUGGAAUGAACCCAACAACAAUGGUGAUAAUGUUAAGAGCAUAGGGACGUACCCACCAACAUGUAACCGUAUAGAGUGUCCAUUGUAUGAUGUUAUUGAAGUUGGUAAUGGGUAUGAGAUUCGUAGCUACAACUCUACAGCAUGGAUGUCAACUUCUUCUAUCCAAGACAUCUCACUUGUUGAUGCUACCAGAACUGGUUUCUUACAGCUAUUUGACUACAUUCAAGGGAAGAAUAGUUAUGGACAACAAAUAGAGAUGACUGCUCCAGUGAUCACUGAAGUUUUGCCAAGCGACGGACCCUUCUGUGAAUCCUCAUUCACUGUCAGUUUCUACAUUCCGAAAGAGAACCAAGCAAACCCACCUCCAGCAAAAGGACUCCACGUUCAAAGAUGGAAACAAACAUAUGCAGCAGUAAGACAGUUCAGUGGAUUUGUCACUGACUCCAACGUGGGAGAGGAAGCUGCAGCCUUGCAAGCAAGCAUUGCAGAUACCAAAUGGGCUGCUGCAAUUGAGAAAAGUCAUGAUGCUGCUGAUCGUACCACUUCUGUAUAUACUGUUGCUCAGUACAAUUCUCCAUUUGAAUUUGACAGCAGAGUUAAUGAGAUAUGGAUGUUGUUUGAUGUUGAUGAACUAUGAGCUCAGAAUCUGAGAGAUAAAGUUGACUGUGUAGGAAAGAGCCACCCCUGAGCUACUUAUGAUAUUGAAUAAAGUUGCCCGAAAGUUGAGUGCUAAAA